CUCGCUAAUUCUUACUUAAAUCUAAGCAAACUAAGAACACUCCUAUCUCUCAAUCUCUCUCUCUCUCUCUCUCUACAUGAUGGAGAGCCGUUUCAAACAAUUCUGUCGGCGAGAGAGACGUUUAUAAUCAUAAUGUAGAUUGUUGAGGCUUUGCGUUCCUCAAGUUUGAUUUGUUAUUUACGGACGAAAGGCUGACAUUUUCUUUUUGGGAAGAAAGCUCCCCUGUUGUUGUGCUUUCUGCCGCAGAGGAGUUGUUUGGGUAUUAGUGUCUCUUUCUUUGUCUCGGUUUGAUUUGCUGCUGAACGCGAGCAGACCCAUGAAGAUGCCAGUGGCAUUGGUUUUGCUUGUGGCAUUGACCAAUGCUGUUAAAAUUGAUGGAGGAGAGAGUGAUGGCAAGUGUGUUAAGCUAGCGUUGGACCCGAGACCACACAGUGUGUCCAUAUUGGAAUUUGGUGCUGUUGGGGAUGGGAAAACAUUGAAUACCAUUGCCUUCCAAAAUGCCAUAUUCUAUCUCAAGUCCUUUGCUGACAAGGGCGGUGCUCAGCUCUAUGUGCCACCUGGAAGGUGGCUGACUGGCAGUUUCAAUCUUACCAGCCACCUCACGCUCUUCUUGGAAAGAGGUGCCAUCAUUCUGGGAUCACAGGACCCCUCUCAUUGGGAAAUUGUUGAUCCCUUGCCAUCAUACGGUCGAGGGAUUGAACUCCCUGGUGGGAGAUAUCGAAGCUUGAUAAAUGGAUAUAAGUUGCAUGACGUGGUGAUAACAGGUGACAAUGGAACCAUCGAUGGCCAGGGCUUGGUUUGGUGGGAUUGGUUCAAUUCUCACUCCUUAAACUACAGCCGCCCUCAUCUUGCCGAAUUUGUUGCGUCCGAUCAUAUUGUUGUGUCAAACCUUACUUUCCUAAAUGCCCCUGCAUAUAACAUCCAUCCAGUCUAUUGCAGUAAUGUACAUGUUCAGAACAUUUCAGUCUAUGCUCCAUCUGGAACCCCUUACACUGUUGGUAUAGUCCCAGAUUCUUCGGAUAUUGUCUGCAUCGAGGAUUGCAACAUUAGCAUGGGUUAUGAUGCAAUUGCACUCAAAAGCGGUUGGGAUGAGUAUGGAAUUGCCUAUGGCAGACCCACGACCAAUGUACACAUUCGACAUGUCCACCUUCAAGCAUCUUCAGGCUCUGCCCUCGCCAUUGGCAGCGAGAUGUCCGGUGGCAUUUCCACGGUUCUUAUGGAGGAAUUCCAUGUAUACGACUCAUUCACUGGCAUUGAGUUCAGAACUACCCCAGGUAGAGGUGGCUACAUCAAGGAAAUCUUCAUCUCGGAUGUUCAGAUGGAAAAUGUGCACACUGCAUUUGCUGCCUCGGGUCAUUGUGGAUCCCAUCCAGAUGAGGAUUUUGAUCCCACUGCACUACCUGUUUUGGAUCAAAUUACCUUGCGGAAUGUGGUUGGUACAAACAUCACUCUUGCUGGAAAUUUUGUGGGAAUUCAAGAAUCUCCCUUCACUGAUAUCUGCCUGUCCAAUAUCUCCUUAACAAUCACUUCUGGCUCUUCUACCCCUUGGUUCUGUUCUAAUGUCUUGGGUUUCUCUGAGUCUGUCUUCCCCGAACCAUGUCCCAACCUUGAGAGUUCAUUUUUCAAUUCUUCCUUGGUUUGUUUCUCCCUACUGAACUCUAAUGGCAGGGCAGCGGUAUUAUGAAUACCAUUUGCUCGCACUAUGAUGAGAGGUAAGGUCUCUGUGCCUCUCUACGUGGCUUAGCAAACUGAAUUGAAUCCUCUCCCAUUUUCCAUCUCCCAUUAGGACAGAUUCUUUCCAAUAAGACAUUGUGUCUAGUAAAUUUGUUUUCUUUUCUUCACUCUCCUACAUUCGCAUUCUCGCAUGCUGCUAUGUGCAGAUUUGUGUGUACAGCCUCAUUUCUUCAUUCAUGUAUAAGGAAAUUUUGGUAGUGGAUGGCACUAAAGGACUCUUUUGAUAUAUUAUUGUAUUAUUGCAUUAAAAUUUGGUUACCUUUUUCCUCCAGUUUGGGGUAUUUUUUUUUAUUUCAUUGUAAAAUGUUCAGACAUUGAGUGAUGUGUCGUACAAUAAUAGACAUUGGUAGAUAUGAGAGUUCGAAGUUGUGCUUGGAGUGAUAAGGGUUUUGAUCUUCAAAGAAAAGUUAUAGAAUAGAAGAGUUCACUUGGCUUUUGUUCUCC